UCUCUACUGUUAUUACAGGGCACGAGUCUCCUUCCUCUCAAUUCCCCUUUCUCUGUCCCCACCACACAGCAUCAUCUUGUUACCUUCAAAGGCAAGCAAGAAUAACCAACUCAACCUUCCACUCCUUCACUCUUUCUCUGACGUCUAAGCACAGUGAGAGAGAGGGGGGAUCGGCAUCACUGGCCCAAAGAAAGCAACUUGUACCACACUAGAGAGAGGAAAAAAGCAUUCCUUCCUUUUUCUUUUUCGCUUUUUGGCUAUAAGGAAUGUCUAUUAGCUUCAGGGACAGAGCACUCGGCGGCUCUAGGAGACACCAGUCGCUCCAAAACACCAUGCCCGUUCAUCCAAUUGAAGACCUUCCCUCUCCCUUCGGCGAUCCGGCUCCCAAUCUGUCCGAUUCGGAGCUCCGGGAAACCGCUUAUGAGAUCUUGGUUGCUGCUUGUCGGAGCACCGGGGGGAAGCCCUUGACAUUCAUUUCUCAGUCAGAGAAAGGAGGACGGAGUUCUUCGGCGCUGACGCCGUCUCCGUCGCUUCAUAGGUCGCUGACUUCGACGGCGGCAAGCAAGGUGAAGAAGGCUCUGGGUCUCAAAACCUCGUCGUCAAAGAAGAAGGGCGAGUUGGCGAGUCAGGUGAAGAGUAAGCGGGCGGUGACGACGGGGGAGUUGAUGAGGUUACAGAUGAGGGUUUCUGAGCAGACGGAUACAAGAAUUCGUCGAGCCCUCCUGAGAGUGGCGGCGGGUCAGCUUGGAAGACGCAUGGAGUCAAUUGUUCUUCCCCUAGAACUGAUACAACAGCUCAAGUCUUCAGAUUUCCCCUCUCCACAAGAGUAUGAGGCUUGGCUAAGGAAAAAUUUAAAGGUUCUUGAAGCAGGAUUGCUUUUGCAUUCUUACCUGCCGCUAAACAAGAGAGACCCUUCUGCGCAGCAGCUUCAGCGCAUUAUUCGUGGAGCCCUUGAGAAACCCAUAGAUAUAGCAGGGAGUGGCGAAUCAAUGCAAGCCCUCCGGAAUGCUGUAAUGUCUCUUGCUUGUAGAUCCUCGGAUGGAUCAUUUUCCGAGGCAUGUCACUGGGCUGACGGGUUUCCAUUGAAUAUCAAGAUCUACCAGACUCUACUAGAAGCAUGUUUUGAUAUUAAUGAAGAAACUUCAGUUAUUGAAGAGGUUGACGAGGUUUUAGAGCUCAUUAAGAAGACCUGGAUUAUUCUUGGAAUGAAUGACAUGCUGCAUAAUCUUUGUUUUUCUUGGGUCUUAUUUCAUCAGUACGUUGCCACUGGGCAAGUGGAGUAUGAUCUACUGUUUGCGUCCAGUAAUCUACUGGCAGAAGUUGAAAAAGAUCCUAAUGCCAGGAAAGAUCCUAUUUACACAAAAACCUUGAGCUCUACGUUGAGUUUGAUGUUAAAUUGGGCAGAGAGAAGGCUUCUUUCAUAUCAUGAUAGUUUCAAUCAUGAUAAUAUUGAAUCACUGCAAAAUGUUGUGUCUCUGGCAGUGUUAUCAGCAAAAAUGUUGGCAGAAGAUGAGUCCAAUAAGAAGAGAAAGGAAACUGAUGUUGCUUUCAGCAAAGUUGACAAAUAUAUUAGAUCAUCACUGCGUGCUGCUUUUACUCAGAAAUUGGAGAAACUGGACCCUGGGAGGCAUGCAUCUAGAAAACAGAAUAAAUCCUUUCCCACUCUUUCGGUCCUUGCACAAGACAUUACCGAAUUGGCUUUCAAUGAGAAGGCAAUAUAUAGUCCUGUACUCAAGAGUUGGCAUCAUCUUGCUGCUGGUGUUGCUGUAGCUACCCUUCAUGCAUGUUAUGGGAAAGAGUUGAAGCAAUAUGUCAGGGGUAUUACUGAGUUGACACCUGAUGCUAUAGAAGUGCUGAUGGCUGCUGAUAAAUUGGAGAAAAAUCUUGUACAGAUAGCGGUAGAAGAUUCUGUUGACAGUGAAGAUGGGGGGAAAUCUAUUAUAAGGGAGAUGCCUCCUUAUGAGGCUGAAUCUGUAAUUGCCAAUCUGGUUAAGUCAUGGGCGAAGGUCAGAGUUGAUAGAAUGGAAGAAUGGGUUAACAGAAAUCUGCAGAAAGAGGUGUGGAAUCCAAGAGCAAACAAAGAGUGCUUUGCUCCUUCUGCUAUUGAAGUUCUGCGAAUCAUAGAUGACACUCUAGAAGCAUUCUUUCUGUUGCCAAUAUCUGCGCAUGCAGUUUUGCUUCCUGAUUUGAUGUUUGGUCUUGACAAAUCUCUUGAGCACUACGUUAGGAAGGCUAAAUCUGGCUGUGGGGACCGAAAUACUUUCUUACCAGCUAUACCUGCUUUGACUAGGUGCUUAACAAAAUCAAAAUUUCAUGGCGUUUUCAAGAAGAAAGAGAAGUCACAAGGGAUUCAUUUGAGGAAAUCACAGGUUGGAACUAAAAAUGGCGGCAACUCUCUUGGGAUACCGCAGCUUUGCGUUCGUAUCAAUACUAUGCAACGAAUUCGCAUGGAGCUAGGGGUUUUGGAAAAGCGGACAGCAGCCCAUCUGGGGAGCUCUAAAUCCAUUCAUGCGGAUGAUAUAGCAAAUGGGGCGGGUUUUAAAUUUGAGCGUUCCCCUGCUGCCUGUGUGGAAGGCAUCCAAAACCUCUGUGAAGUCAUAGCACACAAGGUCGUAUUCCAUGAUCUUCGUAAUGUUCUCUGGGAUGGCCUGUAUGUUGGGGAAGUCUCCUCUUCUAGGAUUGAGCCUUUCCUUCAGGAGCUUGAGCAAUAUUUGGAGAUUAUAUCAUCAACAGUGCAUGACAGAGUGAGAACCCGCGUGAUUACAGAUGUAAUGAAAGCAUCUUUUGAAGGGUUCCUGUUGGUUUUGUUAGCUGGAGGCCCCUCCCGUGCUUUCAGUUUGCAGGAUUCUGUAAUAAUAGAGGAGGAUUUCAAGUUUUUGACUGAUUUGUUCUGGUCCAAUGGAGAUGGAUUACCAGCUGAAUUGAUAGGGAAACUUUCGACCACUGUAAGAGAUAUACUUCCCCUGUUUCGCCUGGAUACUGGGCGCCUUAUUGAACAGUUCAGUCAACUCACAAAGGAGAUGUGCGGUGGUUCAUCCAAGUCCCGUCUUCCAAUGCCUCCAACUACAGGUCAAUGGAGUCCAAGAGAGCCAAACACACUUCUCCGCGUGUUGUGUUAUCGGAAUGAUGAAGCAGCAGCUAAAUUCCUAAAGAAGACAUACAAUUUACCUACGAAACUCUAAAAAAAUUUGGCGUGAUCACAAUCACAUGUCAAGUAACCUUUAACAUAUUGGAAUCUGCCGACAAAUUCAAAGUUUUGGGGAGACUUGAUCGACCAACUUGGAAGUAUGUAUUCUGUAUAUAUCCGAGGUGACUUACUUUGCUUCGUCUGAAAGAUGUUACUUCCACGCUUGUGAGAAUCUUGUGAUUUUUGGGGAAACCGGUCUGGAUAACUGUCUUCUCGUGAGCAGCAACUGACCAUGUGAAGGAAUACAAUGAUGUUUAAAAUAGAGGAAAAACUAUACGUUGUACAGGGGGAAGUAACUUUUUUUUUUUGGGGGGGGGGGGAUGGAUUGGAGCCAUUGAAUGAUGUUGUUUAUUUUUGGCCUGUUGAUCCUCCAUCUUGGGUUUUGAUUAUUUAUUUUCAUGAGAUGUGGCAUAACAUUGGUCA